CACUGCCUGGUGACGUCACUGCAGUGGAUAAUCAUCAUCAUGGCGCGACAUAUACUCUCACAACAACAUUUUAUGUUUAGGUUAACUCAAGGAUAUAAGAGCAGCAAACUGCUCGCCAAAUACAGAUUUUCUGUGUGCAGUCGCGACUCAAAUUCAAAUGUGAUACACGAUAGACAAAAUCAGCGUUUUACAGUCACACUUGACUGCGAUGGAGGAGUGAAUCGUGCUGAACUGAAAUACACUUUGACACAUGACAAACAUGUGGCGCUGAUGUCAACAGAGGUUCCUGAAUCACUCCGGGGGAAAGGUGUGGCAGCACAUCUGGCAAAGAACAAAAUUAGUGACAUGAGGGCCGCUCUGGACUUCGUUGUUAAAGAAAAUUUUAAAGCGAGCAUAUACUGUUGGUACAUCCGAAAAUAUGUGGCUAAAAACCCGCAUCUUGGAUACCAGGCUUACAUUGAAGAUAAAUAAUGCCAGAAUGCCUGAAGAAAUUCUCAUUGUGUUAUCAUAUCAUCAUGAUAGGAAGGAUUUUCCUGCUUAAACAGAUUAGUGUAGAUGUGGCCUAUUACUCCAGUGAACGUUUCUCAGAAUACGUGUAUUUUCAAAGUCAGUUUCUCUUUAGACACAUAAUUUAAAGUGUUGACUACAGAAAAACUAUUCAUUUCUAAACUGUUCACUAUAACAUUUCUAGCAUUAUUGCACAAUAAAAAUAAAUUAAACCGUUAAUUUAAUAUACCUUUUGUGACAACAAGCCUCUAUUUCAUGCAACUUUAUAGGCACAAGUUGACCCCUGACUUGUCACCUGUCAGCCAGUCAACUUGCAUAAUGUGCACUCCCUCUUCAUCUGGCAUUUAAAUUGGGUGUGCUCGACAUCGUGAUUGCAGUCGUGGGAGGAGUGGUAAAGAUAUAUGAUACAUUUGUACAAAUCAAGCACGGUGUAUCCAAACAGUUGUAGCUGUCGCUGAUAGUGAGCUCGAUUUCUUUUUACUGUGCUGACACCUUAUAUUUUAUAUUCUUUUCCUUGAGGUAUAUAUUUCUUAAUGUGCCUUAUUUUAUGUGUUUAUAUUAUUGUAACCAUUGUAUAGUAUAAUCUUCUGGAAAUAAUAAUAAUACAAUUAUGUGAAUGGAAUUCUUUUGCAUGGGAGGAGAAUAAUUAUCAAUUUAUCUAUUGUAAAAUAAUUCAAGGCAAUAUCAAGUUAAAUUGAUAAUAAUUUGAACGGGAAAGCGCAGAGGAUAGAGGAAGCUAGUGAACGUGCAGACGGCCGUUACCGGAAGCGAGUGGUUGUAGUUUACAAAGUUAUAAAUAUGGAUAUUUUUCUUACAAAAAAUCUGUGUUUUUUGUAAGAAAAAUUCUUUAUUAACUUUAUUAACCCCCUUGAGCCGUAUGGAUUACUUUUUUGAUGGAUGGAUGUGCUUUUUUGGGCUUCAAAAUCUAAGGUACCAUUCACUCCCAUUAUAAAGCUUGGAAGAGCCAGGAUAUUUUUUUAUAUAUAUAUAUCUCUGAUUGUGUUUGGCUGAAAGAAGAAAGUCAUAUACAACUAGGAUGGCUUGAGGAUGAAAACAUUAUGGGAUCAUUUUCAUUUUUGGGUGAACUAGCCCUUUAAUUGAAUAGCCAUAAAUUGUAGUUGUGCGAUGUAAGAUUGUAAUGCUAUGCUGCAUGAAAAACUGAUUUAUGAGCAAUAACAGGGUUGAAGUUGUUCGGGAUUGAAGACCAGUCUGAGCGUCUGGCCAAUAAGCUGUCAUCAAUGGGAACACUUCAAAGCUUGUGCAGCUGCUUGGAACCAGCUGCAGUGGACAAAAGUACAGUUUCCUCACUGAAACCCUCCUCCUCCCCAGCAUCACUUGUCUAGAGCUGCUUCAGGGGGAUUUUCUAUGUUAAUGCAGCAGCCUACUAACUUGUAAUACUUUAAAGUUUUUGCGAGAGUUGUCAUGACUGAAAAGUGUAUUCACACUUAAGGACCUUUUAAAAUGUUCUAUUUGACUGGAUGUUAGGAAAGUUGGUAAAAAGUUUGAUGUACAAA